AUGGUCUUCUUCCGCCAACAGUCGCACUCGCCGUGGAAGUCUCCGCACCUCCCGCCGUCGUCGCUCGGCUUCGAGCACCUCAACGGCGCGCAGAAAGGCGGGACUGCGCUUCCUCGUUCGCGGUUGACCGUCCUCGCCUGCGCCGCACUCGGCACCUUCCUCCUCCUCUCCUUCGUCUCGCCCCUUCGCCCCUUCUCCGCCUUCGACGAUGGACACCGGCCUUUCAAGCGGAAGGGCAUGUCACCCGCCCUCUUUACCGAGCUGGACCAGGUCGACCACCGCGCCGUGAUCCUCCGACCCGUCGAGCGGUCCUUUGAGCGGGAACGGAGACCAGAAGACCCUGUCCCGUGGUCUGCAACACCACUCCUACCCGCGCGGAAACAGGGCAAGAAGCGCAUGCCUGCGAUCUUGCGCCUCGCAGGGACGGAGGACGCAUCUGGAGACGGCGGAGCGCUCGUUCGACACGAUGCCGACGCCGCACCUAUCCCUUCGCACAAAGUCGAAGUCUUCCCUCGCAAGAUCCGCCUCUCGCCCAACUCGAAUGGAGUCGGCGCGAAUGUUCCCGCGGGCGACAAGCUCCUCUUCGGAAUCGUCACGACCACCGAGCGGGCGACAAAGAUGAGCGAGUUGUGGACUAGGUGGAUGGUACCGCGAUACCCUGACAACGAGGCGGCGCCGGCUUGCCUGAUACUCGUCAGCGAGGAGGAGACGCAGGAGGAUAUCCAGGAGCUCGAAGAGGUACUGAGGCACAGGCAGGUGCAGUGCGGCAUCAGACGUGGGAAGCACAAGCGGUAUGAGGUGCGCGUGUUGUCGAUGAUCAGGGAGAUGAAGGACUAUGCGGCGGAAGUUGGCCUGUCGCCGGACUGGUACAUCUUCAACGACGACGACACCUUCUGGCUCGACAUGCGCGCGACAAGACGUAUGUUGUCGAAAUACGACCCGGCGAAGGAGUGGUUCGUUGGCUCGACCACCGAGGCGGAAAAGCAGCUAGCGCAGUUCGGGCGGAUGCUCUUUGGCGGUGGCGGUGCACUCGUCUCCCGCGCCCUAAUGACCUCGAUGUACAACAUCUGGGAUGAAUGCUACGAUCGGUUCAAGGACGCUUUCGGCGGAGACGAGAUGUUGACGCGGUGUGCGGCGACUGCAACGGGGUUGACCAAGUCGACUGUCACGACGGAGGAGAAGGGCUUGCAUCAAUUCGAUAUCCCCGGGGACACGACUGGCGUGUUGCAAGGCGGUAUCCCCAUGCUCUCGCUACAUCACUUCCUAGGCGGCGGCUGGGUCCAUCUCUUCGGCUACGGCUCUACCCACUCGGACAUGAACCAGAUCCGCCGCAUCCGCGCCGCUGCCGACUUCCUCGGAGGCGACAACAUGUUCCAGCGUUAUGUCUUCGGAGACGGGAAGUGGCUGCUUACGAUGGGGUACUCGGUGUCGUUUUAUGAGAAGCCGUUGACGAGGGAGGACAUGUCUGCCAUGGAGCACACCUGGUACGACGGCUACCGCCUCUGCUUCGACGACCGACCCUUCAUGCCAGAACGCCACGGUCCUGGUCCCGUCAAGCAGACCUUCUACAUCGAAUCGACGGAGGUCAUCUCGCCCAAGUCCGCGCUCUUCACUUUCAUCCAGGCAGACAGCUGGGAUGAGCACCUUUCGUACGACGAGCGAGUGCGCCUACAAGUCCUGUGGGAUGGCGACUCGGCGCAUUUCACGAGGGAACAAGAUCCGGCGGCACUGUCGUAG